AUGCCACAAACAUUAUCUAAUGAAUAUGUAUUGGAUGUAACUGAAAAUUCUUCAUCCAAUAAAGCUAAAAUGAUUGUUAAGGAAUAUAAUAAAAUUGGAGAAGGUGCAUUUGGGACAGUUGUUGAAGCAAUUAUAAAAUAUCAUUAUAGUGAAAAUACUGAUGGAGAUCUAGAUAAAUCUAAUGAAUGGUUGGGACCAUUUGCCAUUAAAAGAGUACCAGCACAAACUGAAUAUAAAUCAAGAGAAUUAGAAUUGCUAAGAAUUGUUAAUCAUCCAAAUAUUGUUGGAUUGAAAUAUUUCUUUGAUAAGAAGAAUCCUAAAGAUGGUAUAAUUUAUCAAAAUUUAGUUAUGGAAUGUCUACCAUCAAAUUUACAAAAUGAAAUUAAAUUUUAUAGGCAAUCAAAGUAUACUAUACCUUAUCCCCACAUGAAAGCAUAUACAUUUCAAUUAGCAAGAGCUAUGUUAUAUUUACAUGGGUUUGGUAUUAGUCAUAGAGAUAUUAAACCUUCAAAUAUCUUAGUUGAUCCAUCGAAAGUUACAUUAAAAAUUUGUGAUUUUGGAAGUGCAAAAAAAUUGGAACCUAAUCAACCAAGUGUUAGUUAUAUUUGUUCAAGAUAUUAUCGAGCUCCAGAAUUAAUUAUUGGAUGUCAAGUUUAUACAACCAAAAUUGAUAUUUGGGGAUUAGGUUGUGUUAUUGCUGAAAUGUUUUUAGGUAAACCAAUAUUUCAAGGUCAAUCACCAGAAUUACAAUUAAAAGAAAUAAGUAAAUUAUUAGGUCCUCCAUCGAAUUCAUUUUUCUUUAAAAGUAAUCCUCAUUAUAGAGGUUCAAUGUUUCAAACAAGAUUAUUUAAUUGUUCUAUAAAAGAAAGAUUUGAACAAAUAUUUUCAAAUUCACCUCCUGAUGCAAUUGAUCUUUUAUUAAAGAUUUUAGUUUAUGAUCCUGAAGUAAGAGCUUCACCAAAAGAAGUUUUAGUUCAUCCAUUCUUCCAUGAAUUGAAAAAGGAAAAUUUCCAAGUUUAUCCAAGAGGUACUAAUGUACCAAUUGUUUUAAAUUUAUUUAAUUUCAGUAAUUAUGAACUAGAAUUGUUGGGAGAUUUAAAGAAUGAAUUUUUAAAUAAUAAUUAA